CCCAAGUCCCAGAGGUCAAACACACACAAACACACUUGCGCAGGUGCAGGUAUAUAAAUGCAGGGCGUCAGAACAUCAGAGAUUUUUUUCUCACGAGCAAGACGCUGCUUCACUGGAACAUGGACAUGAGGGAUAUCGUGGGGGUGUUGGUGUGCUUAUCUUUUGGACAGUGUGCUUUUAUUCCUGAAUUCCGUGGGACAGAAUUUGGGUUAAUUCCCCCUGACAACUUAACGCAAGGACCAACAGGAUUUGUAGGGCCUGAUUUAUCCUAUUGUCAGAUGAUUCUGGAAGCUCCGGUUCCACCCACAGCAGACCAGGUUCCUUGGUUCUGCAUCUGCUCCGCUUGCUCUGGAAACCAAGGCAAGAAAGGAGACAGAGGCGACCGUGGACUGCCAGGAGUUCCUGGUAGUUCAGGUCCAAGAGGCCUCUCUGGGCUUCGCGGACGUCCAGGAUUCACAGGACGUCCCGGCAUAAAGGGUGAGAAAGGUGACGCCGGAGAUAAGGGUGACAUUGGUCAUCCCGGAGUUUCAGGACCAAAGGGAGACCGGGGAUUUAAAGGUGAUAGGGGUGACCCUGGUCUUGAUGGUUCUAUGGGAGAACAGGGUCCAAAGGGAGAAGAUGGUCAGUGCCCGGAAACCUGUGUGCCCUUACCAGGGCCGGCAGGUGAGACAGGUCUUCCCGGCCCUGCAGGUGCACGGGGGUUACCUGGGCUUAAUGGAGACCCUGGUCCCAAAGGGUUGAAGGGUGAUCCAGGUGUGGUGGGUGAGCCUGGCGUUCCAGGUUUACCAGGAAAAAAGGGUGACUUAGGUCCACAGGGCCUGUGCAAUUGUCCUGAUGGGGCUCCAGGAGCCCAGGGUCAAACAGGUGAAAAGGGUCAGAAGGGAGACCAGGGUACGACAGGGCUGACGGGUCAAUCUGGAGCCACAGGACCUAAAGGUAAUCAGGGAGAUGCGGGAGUGCCUGGGAUGCCCGGACCUUGUUCACCCUCUGUGCAAUCUGCUUUCUCUGCCGCCUUACUCACUUCCUAUCCAAUCCCGAGCCGGCCAGUGCCUUUCAAACGUAUAAUCUACAACACAAACUUGCAGUUCAACCCUGAUAACGGAGUCUUCACCGCCCCGGUUAACGGAACCUACGUGUUUAGCUACCACCUGCAAGUGUCCACCCGUUUGCUAAAGGUCGGACUCUUCCACAACUUCGAGGCCAUAGUGAAGACAACUACGCCAGUGGAUAUGAACACCGCCUCUCACCAGGUGAUGCUGAGUCUGAACCAGGGUGACUGGGUGUGGCUGCAGGUGAAAGACACCACCACUAACGGCAUGUUCACCGGCUCCGAGUCCAGCAGCACAUUCAGCGGGUAUUUGUUGUACCCAGAAAAAUGUAAUGACAUGUUUGGAAGAGAUUUCUCUGUAAACCCUGCUAACAAUGGAACCGCUCCGACGUUCCCUGACCGUGAUCUUCCCUGGUAACGUCUGUAAAGACCCAUAUGUAUACCUUACCCACUUACCUAUACCUUAAACCCCUAACCAACCCCUAUAUUCUAAACCACCACCUACAGCCCAGACAAGAUGCUUGUGGAGAGCUACCAUCCUGCAGAUUUGAGCUCCAAACCUAUUCAAACACAACAGCUAAUCAAAGUGCUCCGGAUUACAUCAAAGUAACAGGCAGGUGUGUUGAAGCAGGGUUAGAACUGAAGAAUACAGGAAGGUAGCUCUCCAAAAGAAGUGUUGGAGACCCCUGGCCUUAGACCCUAAACGCUUAAUCUAUACCCUGAAAUAUAAACCUAAAUUUCACCUAUUCCCUAAGCCAAUACCCAACAUUCUAAACCGCCAACCAAAACUUUUAUCUACACCCUUGACUUACACCCAACAUUCUGUACCUAAACUCUACUCUAGGUCUACUUCUUAGACCUGCAACCUAAACUGAUAACCUACACUCAAGCUUCACUCAAACUUUUAACUGCACCUUAGACCUACUCCCUAAAGCUGGUUAGCUGUAUAUGCAUACAUUUUGUGUCGUGUGGGUGUUUCGUCCACACGGAUACAGCGUUUUGGGAGAGUAAAACUUUUUUUUCUUUUUAAACCAGGUCCCAGAGUGGAUAAAUUUGAAAACUACGCCCUUGCGUUUUUGUGUGUACAACGAAUCCGUAUAUUGUUGAAAAUGAUGAUGUCAUCGCCCGUAGUCAGACACCGCUAUGUCACAUAAUGGCAACAAAAAAACAUGAUUUUUCUUUGUCUUUUUAUUAACUAAUAUUAACAGAAAUUAAUAUAUGUAUUUCUCCAUGUUCGUUUGUAUACUAUGAGCAAAGUUUAUUCGCAGUUUAUUCCAAGUCUCCAAAAGAAAGGAUAGGGAAAGCUAUGGCUUAAUCUGUUAACAUUCACCCAAACUUUUACUACACCAUAGGCUUACACACAACAUUCUAAAUCAACAUUUUUUUUUAAUCAACUCCCUAAACGGUUACCUCCUCCCCAAAUUCUAAACCUUAACUUUUAUCAACUCCCUAGGCCUGCACCCUAAUCUGUCUAAACCACUCAACAUUCUAAAACUUCAUCCAAACUUCAGACCUACACCCAACAUUCCAAACCCAAUCUUUUAUAAACUCCCUGGACCUGCACCCUAAUUUUAUACUACACACAACAUUCUUAACAUUUACCCAAACUUCUAACUUCACCCUAAACUCUUAACCAAAGUCUAAAAUGAUCCACCUCUCAACCUCAACCCCAAAGCUUCUAUUGUUUCAAUAAUAUCCCAUAUUUCACGUAGAUUCUAUUUUAAAGCAACUUUAUGUAGUUUGUAUGUAGAAGCAAACCUUCGGCUGAAAACAGAGCCUUCUCUUUUUCAUCCUUGGAAUGAAUUCGUUCUCCAGGUGGAUAUGUGCGGUGGUUAUUUACAGUGCAUUUGCUGUAUUAUGACCCAAUAAUUCACAGCGAGAGGAAUCAGUCGGGUUGGCAGACAUGUUUUCAGCCGGAUGUUUGUUUGAAUAAUGAGCAGGAAUGCACCAAUCAGCUGUUAAAUCAUCCUUCUAGCGAUUCAGUAGACACACAUUGUGAAUAAGAGUGAAAAUGAGAAUGAGAACAGGGAAACUGGGUGGGCCGGUGCAUGUACGUGCGUCUCAGGAUAGCUGAGCAGAGAGAAGGAUUUGAAAGGUAAAGAAAGAGAGGGGUUGAAAUGUUAAACACCUGUUUGAGAGAGAAAAAUAGUCUCAUACUUUGAGCUUAUAUCUUUUUGAGUAUGGAUUAUUCAGAGGCAGAAUAUUAUGUUGGGAAACCUCUCAUGGUGUGUGCAGGGAAGAGGGGACCCACCCAAAAUAAUGUUGUCCUUGGUGCUGUGAAUUUUAGCAGAGACCAUGUAACAAUAUGACACAACAUAACAUGUUCAUGCUUAUGUUCUGUGUAUUGAUUACCUUUCUAUUUCCAAUAAAUUGUAAACUACUAA